AUGGCCGACACACUGCCCAGCGUCGACUUCGGCUUCAACGAUUUGCGCGAGAGAAUGGCGCAAUUUACGGUGCGCUUUGAUGAGUUCAUCGAACGCGGGAGGAAGCGGGUGUUGGAAGAGCGCAAUGCAUUCCGAAUGAACAUGGCCGAGCUUGGAGAUCUGCAGCGAACACGCAAGAUCGCCAUCGCCGAGCUCGAAUCCAAAUCCUCCACGCACGCGCAGACACUGGCGAAGGAAGCGGCCGAAGCUGAGGAAAUGGAAGAUGCGAUCCGCACUUUCACCGAACAAAAGGAGGAACAUCUUGAACGUCGCGAUCGGCUGAAAGCAGAUAUCGCAUCCAUUCAAACGUCUAUCAAGCAAAAGCGCGAGGCGCAGGCGGUACAUCAGCGCACGCUGGAGGCUCAAGCCCGGCAUAACAUUCCCGAGCUGCGCUUCUGGGAGCACUGUCUUGGUUUGCGCAUUGAGCCGUCUGCAUUUGGGGUCGAGGAUCAGCUCAGAUUUGUUUUUGUAUGUGUGGAUGAUCGGGAUGGCAAUAAGGAGGCAACGUUUGAGUUGCUGAUGGAUGGCAAGGAGUAUGAAGUUGCGGCCACGACACCGACACUGGAGAAGGAGAAUCUGGAACCACUCGUGAUGCAGUUGAAUGAAAGUCGGCAGCUUGGGCCUUUCCUGAAAGCGAUUCGGGGAUUGCUGGCCGAGGGGUUCAAGGCGUGA